AUGGCCCCCGAAAAGCAAAUCUUCGAUCCAGAUGGAGACUUGACAUUUAUCCUCCCGAGCUCGUCAUCAACCACAACACCAGACACAACAUCAUCCACGACCCGUGGCUCAUCGAGAAAACACAAAGCUCCCACGAAAGAAGAACACGUCCAUAUGCAAGUGUCUUCCAAGCACAUGAUGCUCGCGUCACCUGUGUUCAAAGCAAUGCUCACAAACUCAUUCCAAGAGGGCAACGCGUUGCGUGAGGCUGGAAAAGUUGACAUCCCGCUCCCUGAUGAUGAUCCAGUUGUCUUUACCAUCAUUCUGGAUAUCAUCCAUAAUCGUGGACGACGCGUGCCGAAGGUUGUCCCUCUCAAGCUGCUUGCUCUGCUGUCCGCGGUUGUCGACAAGUAUCAGAUCCAGGAGCCGGUUGCGGUCUUCUCCGAUAGUUGGAUCAAAGAAGCCACUGAAGAAAUGAGCGCAAAGAGACCAGAUGAAUUGAUGAUGUGGCUCAGCAUCGCCUGGGUGUUCCGUCAUGAUGAAAAGUUCGAGGAAGUUACGGGAAUCUUGCUUCGAAACAGCACCCCCGCCUUCUUCAAGAAUCUAGAUGAAGGUAUUCCAAUACCCCAUACCGUACUUGAUGCCAUACAAUGUCGCAGAGUCGAGACACUCCAGGCCAUAUAUAAGGUGUUGGAAUAUUUCAUAAACCUCUUGGAGAAGUCGAGUCCAAAAUCGGUUUGCGCUUCAGCACGCGGUCAAGUAUUCGAAAGAGACUGCGAUGCCAUGCUUCUUGGAUGCUUGCUCAAAGCCUGUACAGAGGCGAGCAUUUGGCCAGCGCCCGAACCUCCAUAUGAAGGACAUUCGAUUCGUUCCCUACAGAUGCACAUGGAGCCAUUGAAAUUGAGAAGUUUGUGCGACUAUAUCAAUGUUCAAGGACCCGACCUUACACCGGCUACAUCUGGUUACGGCCAUUAUGCUGCGUCAGCGAUCCGCCUCCGUGUCAAAGGGGUGGUACAAAACUUGAAGGAUUUCACGUUGGAGGAUUUUCUGCCUUGAGAUGUUGCAACGUAUAAGUUCGGCGAAAAUCCUUCAAUGCAUGGAAUAUUGUUCUCGGAGAGGAAAUUGGGUCAAAUAUUGACAUACUGGCUGGAACGAACUCAUGUCUCCCCCGUUGCAAUAGCUUCCUUCGUCCUUAGCAAUUGGACGAGUCAUCCAAAUCACCAAACUCCAUAACUUAGCUGCCACCAAUGGCAAGCGAAUCAAUCAA